AUGGUUAGAAGAAAGAGUAUAGCCAUUUUCUUGAUCCUUUUCCUACAACUUUCAGCAAAUUGCAAUUCGGCCCCUCUCUCGACCCGGUCCCGGUGGAUAGUCGACGAGGCAACCGGACAGCGCGUAAAGCUGAAGUGCGUGAACUGGGUUUCCCACUUGCAGCCAAUGAUAGCGGAAGGGCUCGACAAGAAGCCCCUGAGUGUCAUUGUGGGGAACAUAUCACAAUCGGGCUUUAACUGCGUGAGAUUUUCGUGGGCCACGUAUAUGUUCACCCGGCACGAAUAUUACGGCCUGACGGUCUCGCAGUCACUCGACAAGUAUAACUUGGUGGCUGCAAAAGCAGGCGUGGAUGAGCACAACAAGUGGAUUCUGAAAAUGAAGAUAAAGGAAGCUCACGAGGCCGUGGUGAACGAGCUCGGGAGACAGAGACUCAUGGUGGUGCUCGAUAACGCGAUUAGCCAGCCCGAGUGGUGUUGCGACGGCAAAGAUAGCAAUGGCUUUUUCGGGGACUCGAAUUUUGAUCCGACAGAAUGGUUUAAUGGCUUGAGAGAUGUUGCAAAAAGAUACAAAGGCAAUGCUGCGGUGAUUGGUAUGAGCCUUCGAAAUGAGCUACGAGGGUCCCGGCAAAACUUGCCCGACUAUUAUAAAUUCAUGCAAGCCGGAGCAAACACAGUUCACCAAGAAAGUCCUCAUUUUCUUGUCAUAGUCUCAGGAUUACACUCUGAUAUCAACCUCAGCUUUCUAAAAACAAAGCCAUUAAGUCUAAAUGUGAACAACAAAUUAGUCUUCGAAGCUCAUUGGUACACAUUCGGCAUCUCGCCUGGUACAUGGACCAGACGAACUAACUUUGUGUGCAAUUAUAUAACUCAAGCAGCACGCAAUAAUUAUCUUUUCUUGAUAAACGGCGACAACCCGUUUCCCCUUUUUCUAAGCGAAUUCGGCAUAGACCAAAGUGGCGAAAACGAGGCAGACAACAGGUACAUAAAUUGCUUGUUAGCAGAAGUGGCGGGAAAGGAUAUCGAGUGGUCACUGUGGGCCUUUCAAGGAAGCUACAUGCUUAGACAGGGGAAAGUCAAUGCUGAUGAAGCUUACGGAGUUUCGGAUUUUAACUGGGAUCGUCCGAGAAAUCGCCGUUUUCUUAGGAAGUUGGAACUUAUAAGACAUAUAAAUCAAGACCCGAAAUCUAAAAAACCGAGCCGCUACAUAAUGUUCCAUCCUCAAAGCGGCAAAUGCGUACGCAUCGGCGAGGCAGACCAUACUUUGCUAGACAACUGCAAAUACGCGAGCCGGUGGGACCAAGACGGGAGCCGGAUCAAGCUGGCCGGAACUCAACAGUGCCUCACGGCAAACAGAGACGGGGCCGUAGCCUCUGUUACGAAAGAUUGUUCGAGCGGUUGGCAGUUUGCAUCCAGCUCGGGACUUCAUUUGGCUGUCCAGAUUGAACAAGGCAAGUAUUUGUGCUUGGAAAAGAAUGCUUAUGGACCUAAAGUCAUUACCAAGAAAUGCCGUUGUGUUGAUGACAAACUUGCUGAUCUCAACACUUGUGAUGAAAAUCCACAAGUUCAAUGGUUUAAGUUAGUCCCUACCAAUGUGUGA